AUGUUGGUGAGUAGGGAUUUUUCAUACAAGAUCAAGUACCAGGCACAUAGAAUGUUGCAUGGUUCUAUGCAUGACCAUUACAACAAGCUUGGGAGUUACAUGGCUGCAUUGCAUAGAAGCAGCCCUGGUACUAGGUUGGAUUUAGUCACAGAUUGUGAGAAAGAGCCUCCAAUUUUUAAGAGGCUCUUUAUAUGCUUUGAAGGGUUGAAGGUGGGGUGGCAGGAGGGUUGUAGGAAGAUGCUUGCAGUAGAUGCAUGCUUCCUCAAGACUUUUUUGGGGGGUCAGCUUCUGUCAGCUGUGGGGAGAGACAACAAUGACCAGAUGUACCCUGUCUGUUGGGCCAUUGUUGAAGGUGAGAACAAUGACAGUUGGGAGUGGUUCUUCAAGAAAAUGCAGAGCACUCUAUAUCUGAAGGAUGGGGAAGGCAUGACAAUCAUCUCAGAUGAACAUCAGAGCAUCUUGCAUGGAGUGUCAACUGUGUUGCCAAAUGCAGAGCACAGGCACUGUGCAAGACAUAUCUUUGCACACUGGCACAAGACAUAUAGGGGAGAUGAACUGAAAUUGCUUUUUUGGAGGAUAGCUAAAGCAUACAACAUGGCUGAUUAUGAGGAGAACCUUGAGAAGUUAGGAAAGGUGAAUCUAGAUGCCAUGAAUGCUUUCAUUGCCCACAACCCCAAGCUGUUUUGUAGGGCUUUCCUCAAACCUGACAUUAAGACAGAUGCCAUUACAAGUAAUAUUGCUAAGACUUUUAAUGGCUUUAUCAUACAAGCCAGGACAAAGCAUUUGUUGUAUUACCUAGAGGACAUCAGAACAGCUUUAAUGCAGAGGCUAGUGGUGAAGAGGCAGACAAUGAUGAAAGCCACAAGCAUGCUGUGUCCAAGAAUUCAAGCAAAGUUGGAUAUUGAAAAGCAAAAGGCAGCUGAAUGUGAGGUCAUGCCAUCAUCUGAGACCUUAUUUAAUGUCACAUACUACUUGGACCAGCUAGUGGUGAACUUGGAGACAAGGAGCUGCACCUGCAGGAAAUUGGAUAUGCUUGGUAUCCCAUGUUGCCAUGCAGUGGCUUCUAUUUAUUACAUAAGACAAGAAGCUGAGCAAUAUGUUGAUCAAUGCUACCACAAGGCAACCUAUCUCAAAGCAUAUGCAGGAUCUAUCCCCCCAUGUGAAGGGGAAAGACAUUGGCCUAAGGUCUCCCUGCCAAUUGACCCACCCCCAAUUAAAAUUGGACCUGGGAGACCUAGGAAGAACAGGAUCAAGGAUCCUUUUGAAAAUCCAAAAACGGCAAGAACCAUCACCAAAAAUGGGGUUGAAAUGACUUGCUCCCUAUGCCACACAAAGGGACAUAAUAAAAGGAAGUGUCUUGAGAAAGACACUAGGCAACCCCCUCCCCCACCUGCUAAGAAACCAAGAGGGAGGCCAAAGAAGCAGAUUGUAGUUGCAAAAGCUACAGCAACUGCUCAGGCUGCACCAUCUACUGCCCACCACUCAAUGACAGUACAACCUACUCAACUAGGUAGAGGUGGGAGGAUUAUUCACAUGGGAAGUGGUUCAAGAGGUGGCAGGGCAGGCUCUAGCUCUGGUAGGGGUUCUAGUGACGCAAGUGGAUCUGGUGCUGCAAGGGGUUCUGGUGCUGCAAGGGGAGCUACUGCAGCUAGGGAAAGGGGCAGAGGUAGAGGCAGGAACUAG